UCAGGUCUUGGCAUUAUGACAAGUGCUUCUCUGCUUGCUUCUUCCCUUUUUCCUCUGUCUUUGACAGACACAGACAGUGUCUUUCUGGAAGCUCCUGAGAAACAAUUAGCUGUCAGAUGCAGUGAGACUGGCCAUGUCCUAUGCCGCCCGCUGAGGAGUUUCAGCUCAGAGUAUCGAUUCUCCUUCCUCAACCAUCCUCUUCCUCCUGCUAUCUCAGCCCUGCAUCUUCCCUCCUCCGUUCUUUCCACUGGAUGCAAAGAUAAAACUACAGAAGGGAGGACAAAUCUCUCUGAGAUGGCGUGGAGGGCCCUGGCAGUUUUUUCACUGCUGCUGUGUUUUGGCUCAUCUUGCUGUGAUGAUUCUUUCACAUCUGAUACCAUCAUCAACAAUGUCGUUCAGGACCCUCAAACUGGCCGAAUUUACCUGGGUGCCAUAAAUCAUAUCUAUCAGCUGAACUAUGACUUGCAGAAGGAGAGCAGUGCUGUAACAGGCCCUAGGCAGGACAACCCACAAUGCACUCCACCAAUCACUGCACAGUGCACUGAUGCAAAGGAUAUGGACAACAUCAACAAACUCCUACUGGUUAACUCCGCCAACGGCACUUUGAUUGUUUGUGGAAGCCUUUUCAGGGGUAUCUGUUCUUUGGUAAACCUCAACAGCGUGGACAAAUCGGUGUACUACAGUGACAUUAAAGGCGAGAAGACGUAUGUAGCCAGCACAGAGGAGUCUGUUACCGUAGUGGGAGUAAUUUCUUAUUUUAUAGAUGCUUCUACUAAUGCAAACCUCAGUGUGUUUCUAGUGGGGAAGGGGUAUGGUAGCUCGGACAGUUCGAAACUCAUCAGCACCCGAUUGCUGCAGGAGCACGGAGAAAUGGAUAUCUUUGAGAACAUGGUUGAAGCUUCCACUGUGCAAGCUAGUCCUUUCGUCCAGCGUUACCUCCACGACUUUCGCCUUGCUUUCAAAGAUGACCGCUACAUCUACUUCUUGUUCUCGCGUACUCCGGGCACCAGUGACAGCAGGAAGAUCACAUUUAUAGCACGCCUGUGUGAGAAAGACCCUCAUUAUUAUUCUUACACCGAACUUCAGCUCAACUGCUCUGUCAGCACUGAACAACAGAAGAGCACAUACAACAAGGUCCAAGCAGCAUAUCUGGCCAAACCAGGAGAAGUUUUGGCAGGGAAAAUCAUCCCUUCGAAUCCUAAUGAUAAGGUUCUGUUUGCGGUGUUCAGCGCGGAUGAGGAUGGUGGCCAUUCUGCCUUGUGCAUGUACCCGCUCAGCAGCAUUAAUGCCAGGCUUGAGGAGGUGAUUGAGUCCUGCUACAUAGGAGAAAUUCUGGAGGACAAGAAACCAAAGACUGUUUAUUCACCCUACGUCUCCAAGGCCGAGGCCAUCUGCGGGACCCAGAGAACUAAGGAGAUGUUGAAGGACUAUAAAUGUGGCGCAGACUUUCUGCCGUCUCCACUUGCCAGUAAACCUGAGUACGCACUGGCUGUCAAUCCCAUCCUCACCCGAAAUGACAUGCUGACAGCUGUGGCUGUGGCGGUGGAGAACGAGCACACUGUGGCAUUUUUGGGAACUAGUGGAGCAGAUGUCUUAAAGGUGCAUCUUGACCCCAGCCACCCUUACCUUUAUAACAAGAUUCCAGGGGAACGCACAGAUGGUGGCGUGAACAAAAACCUAUUUUUUAAUUCAACUUUAGAUAUCUUGUACAUCACCACUGGCAGAAAGAUCACUAAAGUGCCAGUGCAGGCCUGUGAAGAGAAGUAUGAUUGUCAGUCAUGCGUCUCCCAGCGGGACCCAUAUUGUGGCUGGUGUGUGUUGGAAGGCCGGUGUACUAGGAAAAAGGAUUGUCGCAAAGCAGAACUAGAGAACACCUGGUUGUGGAGUCCAAACCAAACAUGUGUAACUAUUCAGUCCUUUAAUCCCCCCAACAUCAGCUGCAAGAAAACCGAGCGUACACAGGUGAUCAUUGACAUCCUCUCCCUGCCCAGUAUCAGCAGUGCUGAUAGUCUUCACUGUGAGUUUGGUGGCUACAAAAGUCACGCAACUAUGGAAGGCACACAGGUCAUCUGUGAUCUCCCGACCUCUGAGAAAAUACCACACACACCUGAGACACAAGAUUUUGUAGCAGUGCCAGUGAAGAUCACGGUAAAUGACGGCAUUGAAGUAGCAUCUAGUGCAUUUGAGUUCUACAACUGCGCAGCUGUGGUGAAGAGAUCGGAGAAUACACCAUGCAUUGCAUGUGUGACCAGUAAGUGGGGCUGCCAAUGGAAUAGUCAGGAUCACACAUGCAGUGAUAGAGAUGACAGUGUCAAGGGUGAUCAUAUCAUCCAACACAUGCAGGAUGGCAUGUGUCCUCAGUUUGAGAUCUCAAAACCUCUGUUUAUUCCUGUUGGAUUUAAAACCCCCAUCGAAUUUCAGGGCAAGAAUUUGGAUAAAUAUUUGACCAGAACCUUUCAGAUCGGCACUGAGCUCAUGAAACAGGUGGGCGAGGUGACUCAGGAGGCUGAUGGGUCAAAGUACAGAUUUGAGGGAUUUGUGUUUGAAUAUGACAAAGAGCCAGAAGUGAAUGUGACGUUCUACAUAAAGGAUAAAAUCACGGAAAGGAAGAUUGACAGCACCCUCAGAGUGGUGCUCUACAACUGUUCAGUUAGACGUGAGGACUGCAGUUUGUGUAAGAACACUGAUCAGAAGUAUAAAUGCGUGUGGUGCGACACCACAAAAUCCUGCAUCUACAAAGACCUGUGCAGCCAGGAGCUGGAGGAUUGUCCUCCUCCAAAGAUCACUGACAUUGUUCCUCGGUAUGGGCCGAUGAAGGGAAAGAUCUCUGUCACUAUAAAAGGAUCUAACUUGGGCAUCAAGCAGGAGGACAUUAAGAGAAUCACCGUAGCUAAAGUGCCAUGUACUCAUCAGCCGGAGAGAUACUCCGUCAGUACCAGUGUUGUGUGUGAGAUCGGGCCUUUCCCCUCACCACCUUCUGGAGACCUGUCCAGUGACCACAGCCAUUCCGGGGAAGUGGAAGUGGAAGUGGAAGGAGGGAAAACAGGACUGUCGAAUGUGUUAUUCACUUAUAGGGAUCCUGUCCCAACUGCUGUGUCCCCCUCUAAAGGCCCAGCUGCUGGAGGAACUGUCAUCACUAUCACGGGAAAGUACCUAGACACUGCUAGUAUAGAUGACAUCAGCAUCACAGUGGACAAAGUGCCAUGUAAAGUGUUGACAUUUGGCCAGGAGAUCACCUGCAUGACAGGCCCAUAUAAUGGACAGAAGAUUCCUUCAGAUAAGUUUCUCGUUAAUGUGAAGUAUGGCAAGGACACUUCCAAAGAACUCAGUGGAUUCGAAUACUCACCCAAUCCCAAAGUUACAGACUACGCCCCACGGGCCAGCUUUGUUUGCGGAGGUCGUAAGAUCAUAGUGAUGGGAUCUGGAUUUGAUCAGGUGCAGAGAGCCACCAUGCGAGUGCUGCCCUCUUCUGACGAGUUCAGUCACAAGUCUAGCAAUGUGGAGUUCGUUCAAGAAUUUAUCAACAAGAGCGAAAACGUAUUGGAGUUCCUCUCUCCGGUUGUGAACAAGACAUACAUGAACCAGUCCUUAAGAACGGUCAUCCAGCUGGACAACUUGGUGGAGACCUUGACGGAGUUCGUUUACCAUCAAGACCCCUCGUUCGAUACGUUGACAGAUAAAGCCAUCACGGAAAACAGCAUCAUCAGCGUUCAUGGUAAAGGUUUAUCUAAAGCCAUGACUGCCAAAGAGGCCCAGGCAUUUGUGGGUGAUGUAUCAUGCACAGUGACAUUCCUGGAGGAUGAUAAGCUGUUCCUCGUGGCCCCCUCCAGCCCUCCGAAAUCCACCUCCAGACGCCAGCGCAGAGACACCAGCUCAGAGGCUAUGGAGCUGUUGAUCGUAUUCGGAAAAGGAGAGUGGAAAGUCGGCUCUGUUCGCUUUGAGAGAAAAUAUGAGGUUCCUCUUUACAUCAUCAUUCCUGCUGUCCUCAUUCCCAUGGUACUCUUCAUUGUGGUGUCGAUCUAUUGCUACAGGUAACAAACCUCUGAGUGCACCAGACUUGAAAGUGAAAAGUGAAAGAGUAAGAUGGCGAAUUUAGAGGAAAGUGUCCGUGAUCGCUGUAAAAAAGAGUUCACAGAUCUUAUGAUAGAGAUGGAGGACCACACUAGUGAUAUGAAUGAAGCUCGAAUCCCAUUCCUGGACUACAAGAACUACACCAACCGUGUUUUCUUCCUGCCCUCCAAAGAUGGAGCCAACGAUGUCAUGAUCACUGGAAAGCUGGACAUCCCAGAAAACCGCAGAGCCAUUGUAGACCAGGCGCUAAACCAGUUUUCCAAUCUCCUGAACAGCAAAACAUUCCUCAUCAAUUUCAUACGUACCCUGGAGGGCAGGCAGGAGUUCAAUGCCAGGAAUAAGGUUUACUUUGCUUCCUUGUUGACGGUGGCACUACAUGGCAAGCUGGAGUACUACACAGACAUCAUGAGAACCCUCCUGCUGGAGCUGAUGGAGGAAUAUGUCCACAGCAAGAACCCUAAACUCAUGCUCCGCAGGUCCGAGACAGUUGUGGAGAGGAUGUUGUGUAACUGGAUGUCCAUAUGUCUCUACCAGUUCCUGAAGGACUCAGCCGGUGAGCCGCUCUAUAAGCUCUUUAAGGCCAUUAAACACCAGGUGGAAAAAGGUCCAGUUGAUGCCAAGAUGAAGAAAGCCAAAUACACGCUGAAUGACACCGGACUUCUAGGGGAUGAUGUUGAGUACACUGUUUUGACCCUGCAGGUGUUGGUUCACGGUGAAGGUCCCGACGUGACUCCUGUCAAAGUCCUGAACUGUGACAGCAUCUCCCAAGUGAAGGAGAAGAUCAUCGAACAGGUGUACCGGAAUCUGCCCUACUCUCAGAGACCCACGGUGGACAGCGUCGCACUCGAGUGGCGCCCUGGCUCUACAGGCCAGAUCCUGUCCGAUCUGGAUUUGACUUCACAGAAAGAGGGAAGAUGGAAACGAAUCAACACACUGGCCCAUUACAAUGUGAGGGAUGGAGCCACCCUGGUCUUGUCCCGAGUUCUGCACACCCAGCAGUCUUUUGACCAGAACCAAGACAAUCAUGAAGAAAGAAAUGCUUUGCUGGAGGACGAUAAAGUAUUUCACCUGGUGAGACCAGCAGAUGAGUUGGAUGAAGUGAAAUCAAAGAGAGGGAGUAUGAAAGAUAAGGGCACGACGAAAGCCAUCACUGAGAUCUACCUGACCAGACUCCUCUCUAUGAAGGGCACGCUGCAGCAGUUUGUGGAUGAUUUCUUCCGCAGUGUGUUGUCUUCCGGGACCGUGGUUCCUCCUGCAGUCAAGUAUUUCUUUGACUUCCUGGACGAACAAGCACAAAAACAUGACAAUGUUGAUGAUGAGACCAUCCACAUAUGGAAGACCAACAGUCUGCCUCUCCGGUUCUGGGUGAACAUUUUGAAAAACCCUCACUUCAUCUUUGACGUUCAUGUGACUGAAGUGGUGGAUGCCUCUCUGUCCGUCAUCGCCCAGACCUUCAUGGACGCCUGCACCAAGACUGAGCACAAACUUACUCGGGAGUCUCCCAGCAACAAACUGCUUUAUGCAAAGGAAAUCUCCACUUAUAAGAAGAUGGUUGAUGAUUAUUAUAAAGGCAUCCGUCAGAUGGUUCCAGUCAGUGACCAAGACAUGAACACACACCUUGCAGAAGUUUCACGUUCUCAUACAGAUACAUUGAAUACCCAGGUUGCAUUGCACCAGCUUUACCAGUAUGCCAGCAAGUACUAUGAUGGGAUCAUCUCAUCGCUGGAGGACGAUCCUGCCGCCCAGAGCAAACAGCUGACCCUCAGACUGCAGCAGAUCGCCGCCGCAUUGGAGAAUAAAGUGACCGACCUUUAGUGGAGGAGGAGCCCAGACUCAAGAAAGGAGAUGAAGUGCUACUAAAUCCAAGACAGAGCUCAAUUUAAUGGGCUCAAAUAUAAGAACAGACCUUCUGGAGGACUCUGGUUUAAGGAGCCUCUGCUCCGUUAAGUGAAAGAUAAAGACUAAUUGCAGACCCUUCCUCUCCACACGGUUUUCAGCUUUGCUCAGAGGGACCAGUAUAAUAUACUCUGACCUGAGGGGAACAUCAUAACCGUCGAGGAGAGCAAAAGCUCACUGUGGUACUACUCAGAUCUGCACCUGCACAAUGAAAACCCAACAUUUAUUUUUGUGUUCUGCUAUGCCAAUAAUCAAAUGUUCAGUAUAUUCUUCCUGUGUAGAUGAAUUAAAAUAGUAUUAUAUGUAAAUAUAUUUUUACACUCAAGGCUGCAAGAGGCUUUAGACAAAAGAGAUUGAUUAUUGUUUCUGUGGAAGGCCACUGGUUUUUUUUUCCUGUGUAUUUUAAGUGCCAC